AUGAACGGUGCCUUUAAAAUAAGGAGGAGUCAUUUCCCUGAAGUUGAUAAAUCCAGAGGUCAAUUUACUCAAACAAAUUGGUCGGCACAUGCCAAGGCUUUUGAGUGUAUACCAUCCUUGAAUAAUUUUAUGGGCUCCAACUUCCUUUACUCUAUAGAAAGUCAAAAGCCAGGACGAGUUAGAGAAAUAGCUGCAACAAGGUCAAUUGAAAACAGCUCCCCUCUAACUGUGCAAACUUUGGCACGGCCACGAAUUGAAAAGGCUUGGUGUACCCUUAAUCAUUCACUGAAUAAUACCUAUUUGAGACCUGGAAUUACUCCUGCAAUUGAUGAUGGCAGCACUGAUUGUUCAUCUUCGACGAAAGGAUCCAUUGCUAAAGUUACAUCCACUACUGAUGGAUCUUUCUACGCACACAAUCAUCCAGAGCAUAGUCAACGGAGUGUAAGAGGCAUUGCAAAAGCGUUUGACAGUUUCUCCUCCUCUUCGGUAGGUGAAGAUAAAAUAACUAUUGGCAAGGUUUCACAGUUAAAGGAUGAGAUUAGAGAUUCAGUAACCGGAUAUAAAUACACCAAUGGGAUGCCACCAAUCAAAAGUGCCACACACCAAGCUAGGCUGGUGGAACCUAGGGAAGCUAGUCUUGAUGAGAUUGAUUAUGAUGACAUAAGUGAGAUUAUUGACGUGGACCAGAUUGUGAUGGAACACUGCCAUUCAACGUAUACCGCCCAACCAUUAGUAUCUAAGUUUACAUCAACUCCAUCUGUGGAUAUAUUUGUUUCCAGAAGAGAAGAAGAGAAAUGUUUGCCUCCUGAAUUGUGUUCCAACUGUAGUCAUGGAAUAAAGCUAGGGCAUUGUCCUGAAGCUUCAACCCAUGUGGAACAAAUGAAAGACACGCUGCUUGCAAUAUCUAAUGAAAUCCUCGACAAUACUACCGACUUGGGCCCUGAUCAUUUUGAAAAGCUUCGUCAAAAGCGGUUACUGUUGAAAAAGCAAAUUCAGCAACUCGAAAUCCUUAUCCAAAAUACAGAAUGCGAAAAAUCUCAGGGUUUGGUAUUAACAGCUAAUCAGAGUAUUCAGUAUGAAACACCUCAAACAACAAAUCAUCAGAUGGUUUAUGCGCAGACAGAUUCUCGAGCUCAUGUAAAAGAGCAAGGCAGAAAUGUAACUGAUAACUGGAAUAGGCCAGAAGACUAUUUAUUUUCUGAAGAUAGGAAUGGUCUUUCAUCUGGUCCUGUACAGAGGAAACAAUAUAUUCCCGAGAAUAUAGAUGUCACUUAUACCGAGAGUUCAAAUGAACAAAGGUGGAGCCGUCGUGAUUUCCCUUGGACGAAAAAUCUGGAGGUCUAUAACAAAAUAGUGUUUGGAAACCACUCAUUUCGACCCAACCAAAGAGAGAUUAUUAAUGCUACAAUGAGUGGUUGUGAUGUUUUUGUUUUAAUGCCAACCGGAGGGGGGAAAAGCUUGACAUACCAGCUCCCUGCUCUGAUCUGUGCAGGAAUAACUUUAGUCAUAUCUCCACUUGUUUCACUCAUUCAAGACCAGAUAAUGAACUUAUUGCAGACCAAUAUACCUGCUGCUUCCUUAAGUGCUGGAAUGGAGUGGGCUGAACAACUAGAGAUACUUCAGGAGCUAAGCUCGGAGAAUUCAAAAUACAAGUUACUGUAUGUCACACCAGAAAAAGUGGCAAAAAGUGAUUCCCUUCUAAGGCACCUUGAAAGCUUAAACUCCCGUAGUUUGCUUACUCGAUUUGUUAUUGAUGAAGCUCAUUGCGUGAGUCAAUGGGGGCAUGACUUUCGACCAGACUACCAGGGUCUUGGUGUUCUGAAACAGAAGUUUCCUAACAUUCCCGUCUUAGCUUUGACAGCUACUGCAACAGCCAGCGUAAAAGAAGAUGUUGUGCAAGCUCUUGGUCUGGCUAACUGUGUUGUGUUCCGGCAAAGUUUUAAUCGCCCAAAUCUAUGGUAUUCUGUUGUGCCCAAGACAAAUAAGUGUCUUGAAGAUAUUGACAGUUUUAUCAAGGAAAACCAUUUUGAUGAAUGUGGCAUCAUUUAUUGUCUUUCAAGAAUGGACUGCGAAAAAGUCACGGAUUCUUUGCAGGCGUUUGGCCGUAAUGCGGCCUUCUACCAUAGCAAUAUGGAUCCUGGUAAACGUGCCUUUGUACAGAAAAAAUGGAGCAAGGAUGAAAUCAAUAUAAUAUGCGCUACAGUGGCAUUUGGAAUGGGAAUCAAUAAGCCCGAUGUUCGUUUUGUCAUUCAUCACUCUCUACCAAAGUCCAUAGAAGGCUAUCAUCAGGAAUGCGGUCGUGCUGGUAGAGACGGCCAGCGGUCUUCAUGUGUUUUGUAUUACAGCUAUACUGAUUAUAUUCGAGUGAAGCAUAUGAUUAGCCAAGGAGGACUUGGCCAAGGCCAUAUGACAAUGGGAUAUAAUCGUAAAAGUUCAGGGAGGAUGCUUGAAUCGAACACCGAAAACCUUCUCCGCAUGGUUAGUUACUGUGAAAAUGAGGUGGAUUGUCGACGUUUCUUACAGCUAGUUCAUUUGGGGGAAAAAUUUGAUUCGACAAACUGCAAAAACACAUGUGAUAAUUGUUCCAGCAUCAAAAGCAUGGUUGACAAAGAUGUAACUUUGAUUGCAAGGCAACUGGUUCAACUGGUGAAGUUAACAGGAGAAAGGUUUUCAUCAGCUCAUAUUGUAGAAAUCUACAGGGGAUCCUUAAACCAGAUGGUAAAGAAAAACAGACAUGAUGCUUUGCACCUGCACGGAGCAGGAAAGCAUUUGGCAAAAAGUGAAGCCUCUCGUAUCUUGCACUAUCUUGUGACAGAGGAUAUUCUCGCAGAGGGUGUACGAAAAAGUGAUCUAUAUGGGUCUGUAUCGUCGUUGCUGAAGGUGAACAGAUCAAAGGCGGUCUCACUCCUUUCUGGAGGCCAGACUAUGACAAUGAGAUUUCCAGUGAAAGUAUUAAAGCCGAGCAAAUCUACAGCAAACCCAGCCAAAGUUCCACUAAAGCAAACUACUCUUCCAAUGGCAAAUACUGCCCCAAAAAGUUCGAAUCUGUCCGACAAUUUGUUCACAGCCUUAAAAAAGCUUCGUACUGAUAUCGUCAAAGAAUCCUCAGAUGUGGCGCCAUACCAUAUAUUCGGCAAUGCCACGCUUCAGCAGAUAAGUAAACGUCUUCCCAAAACCAAAGAGGAACUCCUCGAUAUCAAUGGUCUAGGAAAAGCCAAGGUGAGCAAGUACGGUGAUCGGUUAUUGGAAACCAUAGAAUCAACCAUCAACGACCACUCCAAAACCGUUCCUGGUUCAGGGAAGAGGAGAAGAGACGAGAAUGUAUGUCCGAAUGUGGCAGACGAUGAUGAUUCCGACUGGACUGCGAGUCAAUCCCACAAAAAGGCAGUGAAGAAGAAAAAGUAACACGGUUAAAUAAGCUUUACAGGUUACACAAAAAAAUAUAUAUAGAUAUAUAUAUUUACAAUAAUAGUGAUUAUAAAUCUGUUAAGAAAAAUGGCACUCAUGGGAUCAUAGACCGGCUCGAAUUUAUCAACCAGAUAUGCACCUAGACCGGGCACAUGUCAAGCAACAGGUCAUGGACCGGGAUGUCAUUUAGGGUUAGAUUAAGCAAAUCUUUGUACCUAAGAGUAGUAUACAAGUACAGUGUAUUAUUCAUGAGGGAGUAGUUUAUACUUCAAGUCAAUCGAUACAAGUUUUUAGUGUU